AGGACAAGGGAUAUACCCACAUGGAAAUGGUGACUAUCUCGUGAUAUUGUUCAUGAUGAGGGAUGGUGGAAUAUUGCUCUCCACUAUAAUAUGCUGAAUUGCCAACGGCUCCUCUGCCAGGACCAAGUUCGCAUGGUUGAGACAUGUGAUUUAGCAAUUGACUGUCAUCCAUUUGAUUUUUGUCGAAUCUCCAUAGACCUAUGAUUGAAUCCAAG